CAAGCACCCGCUCCCCUUUGCGCUCGACGCGCCACCGCCACCCCCUCCCUCCCUGUUCCGUCCGUUCAUCACUCCGUCGCUAGUCGACGGGCCCGCAAGUCAUGUCGUACAACAUGGGCGGCCAGGGGCCCGACCCCGAGCUCUUCUAUGUCAAGCAGAACCGGAUCGGCAAGGGAAGCUUUGGAGAGGUGUACCGCGGGUAUGACCGCCGCACGACCCUGCCCAUUGCGAUCAAGAUCAUCGACCUCGAGAGCGCCGAGGACGAGAUUGACGACAUCCAGCAGGAGAUCCAGAUCCUCGGGCAGCUUGACUCGGACUAUAUUACUCGCUACUUUGGCUCUUUUCUCAAAGGAUCAAACCUCUGGAUCAUCAUGGAGUACUGCGCCGGCGGGUCCUGCUCGGAUCUUAUGAAGGCCGGGGUCUUCAAGGAGGAUUAUAUUGCGAUCCUGCUGCGCGAGCUGCUCAAAGGUCUGGAAUAUCUCCACGGCGAGGGCAAGCUGCAUCGUGACAUCAAGGCUGCAAACAUCCUCCUAACGGCUGGUGGCGAUGUCAAGCUUGCAGACUUUGGUGUGUCUGGUCAACUCACAGCCACAAUGACAAAGAAGAACACGUUCGUUGGAACGCCGUACUGGAUGUCGCCCGAGGUCAUCAAGCAGUCGGGGUAUGACCACAAGGCGGACAUCUGGAGUCUGGGCAUUACGGCGAUCGAGCUGGCAGAGGGCGAACCACCCUAUGCGAGCCUGCACCCGAUGAAGGUGCUCUUCCUUAUCCCAAAGAACCCACCGCCAGAGCUCAGUGACCGGUUUUCCAAGCCGUUCCGCGACUUUGUCAGCCUGUGUUUGCAGCGCGAUCCGCGAAUGCGCCCAUCGGCAAAGGAGCUACUGAAACACAAGUUUAUCAGAAUGGCUAAGAAGGCGGGGUAUCUGACCGAACUUAUCGAAAGACACGAGAAGUGGAAGGCCGAGGGGGGUGCUAAAGGUGACGAUGCCGCACGCGACCCGGGGCCAGAAGAGCCAGGGUAUGGGCCUGCUGAAGAUGCAAUGUGGGACUGUGAGUGCGCCGCCGGGCCACGCUGACAGCAGUUGGGACGGUGCGGAAUACGCUCCCUGCUACUGUGUCGCGUGCGACGCGGCCCCUGCCUGAGCCAGGAGCGAUGCCUGGGGCGCCGAGUCCUGUGCCCUCGGCGGCAUCGUUGAGCUCGCAGCAGCAAAUGCCGUACCA